GGAUCUUUCCGUUCCACGUUUCUUGGGAAGCUAAUGCUAACAAACGAUCGAGCAAAGGUUAAAUCUUUAGUUAUAUCGCCUCAUCGGAAUGUCUUGUCUGCAGAUGGGUAGAUUGUUUCUGCAGAGAUUGGAAGGGAAGGUUUACAGUUGCAAGAUCUGUAACACCCAUCUCGCUCUGUAUGAAGAGAUCGUCUCAAAGUCUUUUCAGUGCAGCCAUGGCAAGGCUUAUCUCUUCAAUAAGGUUGUGAAUGUCACUGCUGGAGAGAAGGAAGACCGGAUGAUGAUAACUGGGCUGCACACAGUUGCUGACAUUUACUGCGUCAAAUGCGGAUCUUACCUUGGAUGGAAAUACGAGGUGGCUUAUGAGGAGAACCAGAAAUACAAGGAAGGAAAAUCCGUUCUUGAACGGUUCAAAGUGUCGGUACCGGAAGUGAUGGGUUAUUGGGCGGCUCGUGAAGCUCAAGAAGCUCGAGCUGGAGCAAGCGAUGAUGAAGAUGAUGCUUGAGAGGUCUUUGGUUUUUGGUUCUGCUGCUUCUUUCUGAAUCUGAAGUGUACAUUCUCUCUCUCUCUCCUUCUUUGUCCUUAGAACAUAUUGUAAAGAUUCAGAUCCAUCUGAAACUUUCAUCUGCUUCUUCUUCCCAGAAAUGAACGUCUGCCAUCUGAAUUGAAUUCUAAAUGAAAUCCCAAAUACUAUAUAAUGAAUUUCAACGUUGUAUGUAAUAAAAUGAUUUGAUUAUGGAUUA